UCGGUAAUCGGGUCGGUGAUUGGAAAACACGCGGUGUGCGGUUCGAAAAAUUACCUCGCGAACGUUCCGUGCAAAAUGGUAGUGCGAAAGUACUCCAGAAGUACCAAUGGCACUAGGAGCUCAAUUAUUGGAGCAGUGCGUUGGUGAGAUUAAAUGGAACGGACCGGAGCAGGAAGUACCAAAAUUUAUCGGAAUGCUCUCGUGGUUUAUCGUUUGUUGUGUAAGGUCCCGGAUUCUUCCGACCAUGUUUCCGGGAAACAGGUGCCAUGGAACGGCAACUAGCCGCUUGUUGCACCGCAAUGUUGCAGUUCAUAGCUUCCUACCAAAAACACUGGAAUUUGUUCGAAUUCAAUUGAAGCUUGGCAGUCCGGAAAGUCAACUAUCGAUCGGUUUAGCAAGACGACCUGUUUUGUUCGGUAGUCUAGGCAGUAAUUCAUGACCUGAUAUUAGUCAACAUGGAAUUCUCAGGUCUGUUGAUUUCAACAGUCACCGCUUUUUUUUAUUGCGCGGCAUCCAUCAGAACAUCGGAACAGAAAUUUGACCAAAUCAACGAGUGGAUUCCCUAGGAAUAAAAAGUAGCUGAUUAGCUGGAAUUUGAUGGCUGGACCUAUCAAGUAAUAAUUCACACAAGGAGCUUAUUGCAGGUUUUUCGAUACUAAUUGGUAAGAUACAACCAUUUUCUUUAAUUGGUCUAAGCCUCUACUCCAAUAAUAGUCCCAUACUAAUUGGAAUCGCUAACAAUAUGUGACUGUUAUGCGAUUAGGGGAAACAUGUUAU